AUAGAACAGAACAUCUGAGUCUGCAUUAACUUGAAAAAAGAUAAGAGAACUGUCAGUUUGUUUGUGUAGCGUGAGUGAGAGUGUGUGGUUGCAAUUUGUUAAGUUCGGCUUUGUUAAUUAUUUUUAGUGGUAAUAAAAUCAUCAAUAAGUCUAAACAAGUGAUCAGUAUGCCUUGGUUUAAUAGGUUAUUUUAAUGUUUAAUAAUGCUGUGGAAAGUAUGGUGCAGGUGACAUUUAGUGGAAGUUUAAAGUAGGACAUACAGAAGAAAAUUUUCCAAUCGUGAUGUGGUCGCAUUUAUUUUGCUAUUUCUCAUUCGCAUAUCUUCGAUUAUGUAUUUGCUCAGUUUUCAUUUCACUGUUCUUCCUACAUAGUGUGAUGGGAGCGGACCUGGUGAUCCGGAUACCGGACAACCUGAGUCAGGAUAACAGCUCAUACCGCCUGGCCUACUCACCACCCCACGGUGUGCCUCCUCCUAACACCACCAUACCGUCCCGCGACAUCGGAGACGUCAUACAGUUCAGUAAGGGGUUGCCGGGCACACGCUACGAGUUCUGGCUGUACUACUCCAACAACACGCUACACGACUGGCUCACCUGGACAGCUUCCAUCACUACAGCACCUGACCCAGCAGCCAACUUGUCCAUCAAUGUAAGAGGAGGCAAGUCAGCCGUUGUAUCUUGGAACCCACCAGCUCUCGGACAUUAUUCAGGGUUCAAAAUGAAGGUGCUCAGUUACCUAGACAAGCCACAACCUCCACCCAGACUGAUCAACCUGUCAGAGGAUGCGAGUCCGUACACGUUGAGAGAGCUGACUCCCGGUGGUUCCUAUCAGAUACAGCUUUACACAGUGUUCGACAACAAGGAGAGUUCCGCCUACAUCUCCCGCAAUUUUACUACAAAACCAAACACUCCAGGAAAGUUCAUUGUAUGGUUCCGUAAUGAGACAACACUUCUGGUGCUGUGGCAGCCCUCGUACCCUGCCAGUAUCUACACCCACUACAAGGUCUCCAUCGACCCCCCUGACGCUCAGGAGAGUGUCCUGUACGUGGAGAAGGAGGGAGAGCCUCCUGGACCCGCCCAGGCCGCCUUCAAGGGUCUAAUACCUGGACGAGCUUACAACAUCUCAGUGCAGACAGUGAGUGAAGACGAGACGUCGACUCCCACCACAGCACAGUACAGGACUAUUCCUCUGCGCCCUCUCACACUCAACUAUGACAAGUCGUCAGUCACACACAACAGUUUCAAGGUGCACUGGGAGCCCCCCAAGGGUGUAAGUGAGUUCGACAAGUACCAGGUGGUGAUCAACGUGCGACGGCAGGGUACAGCAGCUCCCAUCACACGCAACCGUGACGAGAUGACAGAAUGGGAGUUCAAGGAGAACCUAGAGCCUGGCCGCACCUACCAUGUGUUGGUCAAGACUGUCUCGGGCAAGGUGACCAGCUGGCCCGCUGCCGUCAACGUCACUGUCAAGCCCCUGCCUGUGGUGAACCUAAGAGCUAGUGUCAAUGAUGCUACAGGAGCUGUCAUUCUGUCCUGGCAGCCUGAUAACUCCAGCUUCCAGGAGGAGUAUAAGGUGAGCUACUCAGAGGUGGAGAUCCUGAAUGGAGAUAGUAACUCCGCGACGACGACCAGCACUAAGUAUGACCUGGACACACUACUGCCUGGCCGUAACUACUCCAUCACAGUGCAGGCAGUGUCUAGUGGCAUGGAGAGCAAUGAGACCACUGUCUACCAGGCCACUCGUCCUUCAUCUCCAAUUAUUGAAGAUUUACGGCCUGUGGAAUUUGGCCUGAAUAUAUCGUGGAAGUCAGAUGUUAAUUCAAGACAAGACAAGUUUGAAGUGGUCAUCCAGAGAAACGACACAGGACUGCUGAUCUUGGGAGGCAAGCACCCUGUCAAUUACUACAAAGAGCUCCUAGAUGUCACAUACUCCAGUUACCUGUUUGUAAACAACAUUGAAGAGGAACUGAAUUUCACCCAGAGAAAUGUAACCAUCAAGCGAUUGACCAAAGAGUACAAACUGUCCCAGAACGAUCUGUUCCCUGGGUCCAGUUACUUACUGAGGGUGUUUGCUAUCAGCCAUAACCUGCGCAGUGAGCCGCACGACUACCCCCAGGCUGUUUAUCCUCUUCCACCGACUGAUCUGGUUAUUGAGAAGAAGACUAGCAACGCUGUGAUUGUCAAGUGGAAGGGGCCAAUCGGCACUGUCUUUACUCACUUCUUACUCAAGUACACGACGGAUGGUAUCGACUGGAAGAUAGAGAUGGUAAAUGCUACUGACAAUGAGGCUGACCUGUACGAUAUGGUGGCGGGUGAGAGGUACACCAUACAAGUGAAUACUGUCAGUGGCAAGGUUGAGAGCAAACACCCUCUGCAGGCCAACCAUACUGUCCAUCCAAAGCCAGUGUCGGAUAUAGCGCCACUGGUGGGCUCAACCAACCUUACGAUGGAGUUCCCACGACCAGGUGGGCGUAUCGAACGCUAUGAGGUGAGCUGGGCCGAGGUGACGGAUGGUGGUCAGGUGCUGCCUGCCCGCCACAAGAACAUGACGCUGGGUGACGAGGAGCGGUUGCGAGCUGUUGUGGAAGAUCUCAUGCCGGGCGUGCGCUACAACUUUGAGAUACACACUGUGUCAUAUGACCUGCACAGUGACAUCACCUCCCUCACUGCACGGACAUUGCCACUGAUCCUGUCCGAAGUGUUGGUGGUGAACAACCAGCAAGCCACCGACUCUGUUACCCUGCGCUACACCCCCACUCCCCUUGCAUCCUCACACUUUGACCUUUACCGCUUUUCUCUCUCCGACCCCACCAUUCCAGUCAAGGAGAAACUAGCCAACGACUCUGAGUGGAAGGUGACAUUCAACUCUCUAGUGCCUGGAAGAUUGUACAAUAUCACAAUGUGGACAGUGGCAGAGGGUGUGGCCAGCCAGCCACUGCAGAGACAGGACAGGCUGUACCCGGAACCCAUCACUGCCAUCAACGCCACUGACACCACCGAUACCACUAUCACACUCACUUGGGACACUCCACGCGGGGAGUACAACGCCUUCGAGGUCCAGUAUUUGAACACAGAAGGGCGACUAUUGCAGAAUCUGACAGUCCAAAACAUGAUCACCAUCACAGACCUAAAGCCCCAUCGCAAUUACACGUUCACUGUGGUGGUGAGAUCGGGAACAGAGAGCUCCAUCCUCCGCAGUUCACUGCCUGUGUCUGCUAUAUUUACAACAGAGGAGUCCUUCCCUGGCAAAGUAGAAAAGUUUGAACCAACCGAUGUCCAUCCUGGAGACAUACUGUUUGAGUGGUCGCUGCCCAACACAGAGCAGAAUGGAGUCAUCAGGAAGUUUACUAUCACAUACGGCCUAGAUGGAUCUACCCACACCCAACAGAAGGACUUCAAGGCUUGGGAAUUCAGUGGAUCAAUAAAAGGAUUGAUACCAGGGAAGACAUACAUCUUCCGAAUCCAGGCGGAGACCAGAGUGGGCUAUGGACCUGAGGCUGUUUGGAAAGAAAAAAUGCCAAUACUAGCUCCCCCUCGCCCCAGCAGCCAAGUCGUGCCCACCGAGGUCUGCCGUACGUCAGUCACUAUACAGAUACGCUUCCGUAAAAACUACUUCUCUGAUGUCAAUGGUGUUGUGAUAGCGUACACAGUGAUUGUGGCAGAAGAUGACACCAAGAACGCCUCAGGGUUGGAGAUGCCGAGCUGGCGAGACGUGCAGGCCUACAGCAUUUGGCCACCCUACCAGGUUAUGGAGCGAUACAAUCCGUUCAAGAAUUCAUCGAUCGAAGACCUUACGAUAGGAGCGGAGAACUGUGAAGGAAUACCCUCAGGCUAUUGUAAUGGGCCUCUGAAGCCGGGUACUACUUAUCGUGUUAAAAUACGGGCCUUCACUACUCCCGAUAAGUUUACAGACACUUACUAUUCCUUCCCCAUCACUACAGAUAAUGACAACACAGCUAUGGUUGUGGGAGUGGGAAUACCAGUAGUAAUGCUAAUAGUACUGGUCUUGACUAUUGUGCUGAUAAGGAGGCGCAAUAACUUCGCCAAGAGAACCACUGAGAAUAGAGUCGGUGAUAACAUGUCUCUACCAGACAGUAUAAUUGAAACUAGCAGACCUGUGCAUCUGGAGAAGUUUGCGGAACACUACCGUCUCAUGUCAGCAGACUCGGACUUCCGGUUCUCUGAGGAGUUUGAGGAGCUGAAGCAUGUCGGGAGAGACCAACCUUGCACGGCUGCGGACCUUCCUUGCAACCGACCCAAGAACCGGUUCACAAACAUCCUUCCAUACGACCACUCCCGGUUCAAAUUGCAGCCUGUAGACGAUGAGGAGGGUUCAGAUUACAUCAACGCUAACUAUGUUCCUGGCUACAAUUCACCGAGGGAGUUCAUAGUGACGCAAGGACCGCUACACUCCACACGGGACGACUUUUGGCGUAUGUGCUGGGAGAGCAACUCUCGGGCCAUCAUCAUGCUGACACGGUGUAUAGAGAAAGGCAGGGAGAAGUGUGACCACUACUGGCCCUACGAUACCCUGAGAGUUUUCUACGGAGAUAUAGCAGUGACUAUCCUAAACGAGUGCCACUAUCCUGACUGGAGUAUCACUGAGAUGGUCAUGUGCAGGGGAGACCAGAAUCGAGUGAUUAGACAUUUCCACUUCACCACCUGGCCAGACUUCGGAGUGCCUAACCCACCACAGACUCUGGUACGUUUCGUGCGAGCCUUCAGAGACAAGGUACCAGGAGACCAGAGACCCAUCGUAGUCCACUGCAGUGCGGGUGUGGGUCGGUCAGGUACUCUGAUAGCGCUGGACCGUAUCCUGCAACAACUGCACACGUCAGAUGUGGUGGACAUCUACGGCAUCGUGUGGCAGAUGCGCAAGGAGCGUGUGUGGAUGGUGCAAACCGAGCAGCAGUAUAUCUGCAUCCACCAGUGUCUGCUGGCCGUCCUCGAGGGGAAUGAGGGCAAUGGCAAUACUCGUGAGAUCCACCACAACCAGGGCUUUGAAGGAAAACGGAAGUCGGAAGUAUUAGAAAAGUUUCCUGACGCAGAAAAACAACGGUGACGGGAUGAUGAAGGCAUCGCUGAGUCGGGAAUGUGACGGUGAAUAAGUAACCAUCGCACUGUGAUGCCAUGAGACAAUAAACUUACAUAUCAGGUACAUCACCUGCGUGCUCUAGUGCCUUACUCUCUUGUUGAAGUUUAUGUGUCAAAUCAAAUCAUGUUUCAAGGGUAUCUAGCUUUAUUUGUCAUCCAGAGUUGCAUUUUAACUUUUAUAUGGGUGGAUACAGUUGACAAUAAAGGUACAUCCUAGAUGUCAAAUUUGUUAUAUGCUUUGAGAUAUUAUACAACAGAGAACUAUGCAAUAGACUGUUAUUGUUGAUCUUGUUAUAAAUAAUUAGCAGAAUGUGUUUGUGACUAUAGGACGUAAACAUAGAUGUUUUAUAGAACACUUUACUCAAGCAAACACAAACACCUUAUGACCUCAGAAAUUCUAAAGGACUCGUUAGACAUAUAUUUCGUGUUAAUAUUUACAUUCAGUAUUUUUAUACUAAGUAUUGAACAGAAAAAAUGAAUAGUGUAUGUUUUGUACUUUUCUAGUAUGUUUUUAAUGUCAUGUAAAAGUAUUGUUACCAAUGACAAGCUUAGUGAAAAUUAUUCCAUUGUUAAGUCAGUUUUCACUGUCAAUAGCCUAGUUUGUUAAAGCAGUGAUCACUGAUUUUGUGACAGCUGUGUUUUAAACUAAUGAUUCAUCUUGAUUGUCAGUAUUAUAUGUAGAUCUGUCUUAAGUAAAUUCAUUUUCUCGUAGACUAUAGUGGUUAAUUUAGUUAUAUCCUAUACACUAUUUCAUUUUAUUUUUAAUUAAAUGUAACUUGGUUAAACGUAUAUUCCUGACCAUAUACAAUAAUAUAUUUGGCUUGGUUUAUAUUUACAAAAGACAUUAUGUUGCCAUGACUUAAGAAAAAAUUGAAAUUGCUUUUUGAUUUGAUGAUUGAUGACAACGUAACCUAAAGAUUGCAUUAUUAUUAGGUUUCAUUAAACAGAACCAAUUGUUCUCGGUUUUUUUUUAAAUUCUUAUCUUAACCACAGGAACCAGGACAUAAUUACUCUUGUUUUAGUAGUAAACCUGAUCCCGCAAUAUUAUGGAAGUUACCAGAGCUGUGAAAUCCGCUGUUAAGUAACCGAGGAUAAAAAACAUUUCUAGUUAAUGAGCUAUAGAAAAGUUCGUCUGAAUUCUGAUACAAGGUUGUAUUGGUCUGAAACUUAUUACUGUAGCUAAGACAUGAAAAGUCCUGUAGAUAUUAAAAACAUAUAGUUGUCUCAACUAACAUUAUAUUUAAGAAUAAAUGAACUUAAAUGUGCAUGAAUCUCUUUUUUAUAUUCUUUGAGAGAAUUGUUUACCUACCUGUGAAUUAGAAAUAUAGUUUGGACAGAAGAAUAGCAAACACUAUAUACAGGUUUUUUUUUAAAUAUUAAGUUAUUUUACAUUGCAGAAAAAUCUGUUUUUGUACUAUGAUAAUAUGUAAAUCUUUAAAGGCCACAUCCUUUAAAGAGUAAAAAGUAGACUUCAGUUUUGAAUUCAAUUUGUUUAAAUUAUUUUUUCAAGCUAUUCUGUACAUGUUGGACAAAAAAUGGUAUUCAAAUAGUUUUUCAUUGUAUUGAAUGUUUUCUAUACAAUCAAAGAAAUAUAUAUUCUAUUUUUCAUAAUGUCCUGCCAUUUAAUGAAUAUCCAUGGUAUAUUUAACUGUUGCUGGAACUGCUUUUUACAAAUUUCUAUAUUUUCAAUAUUGUAUAUUUUAGAACAGACUGUAGUGAUUUUUGGAAUUGUUAAUAACCAUUUGUGCCUUAUCAGCAUUCCUUUCUCCUGGAUAUAUGGUUUGAUAUGAUUAUUACUCUUUUAGAUCAAAACAUUGUUGUGUGUUAUUUAUUAUUCCAGUUGUUUAAAUAAAUGUGGAUGCAUUUUCAUUGCUCCUAGCAUGGAAUUUAUUUAUAAAGAGCUGUAAUAUAGGGGAAAUUAAACUGUUGAUUAGUUAAUUACAACUAAGGUAUAUUGUUGGAUUUUUAUUAUGUCUCAUGCAUUAAGUUUAGUACAGAUUGUGACAUAUACCAAAAAGAAUCUAUUAAUACUAUUUAUUCUAUGGAAACAAGGAAUUGUGUUAUUGUCUGUUAUACUUAUAACACUAUUUACAGUAUAAAUAUUUUUAGAUGUUUAUUAUCAAAUUAAGUGAACUAUUGCUUCCAGUUUUAUAUAUUUUAUAUGACACAGUUUUAUCUUUUUUAUAGACUAUACCUUGUUCUAAUAUAUGCUAGAUAAAUGGGUUAAUUAUCUUUAUAGUUAUUUUAUAACUAUAAAAUACUGUGAUCUUUGCCAAAUAACUUGAUGAUUGGUUGCUGUUUCAAUUUACACUGUGUGCAAACUGACAGCCUAUAAACCUUCAUUGCGGUCAUUUUCCUAUAGUGGCCUUAACAUGUGAAAUAUUACAGGUCCUGCCUCCAACUACUCAACAAGCAUUCUCUUUAGAAUCAUUACAAUACUUUACGCAUAAAAUGUUGGUUGUCAAAUAUAUUAUUGUAGAUUUAUUAUUUAAAUAUUAAUUUAGCGAGACUAAUCGUCUGAUAUUAACUCUGUGAUAUUCUAAUGAAUUGGAUUGGAAUCUCUUUAGUAUUUGCUAGAAUAAAAUCACAGAAACAAGUGUUAAA